AUGUCCUUGGUCCUGCAUGCUCCGAGACCGCAUCGUCUCGCUCUACCUAUAGAGGUUUCAAUCCUCUCAUCCCGCCCCGUAAUUUGGCAGCCACGACCUGCGGGCGGACCAAUCGGACGAUGGCCGUCCAACCUCAUUCUCACUCAUGCUGCCGUCCACUUAUCGUCAUCCGGCAGCCGCCUGCGCGCCAUACCUGAACCACCCUUGCUCCAAACUCACUUCACAUCUGCUUCUGCCAGCUCACCCGAAAUUGUCAAAAACACCAAGCUCCAAAAAGUCACGAUGUCUCAACCCCCCAAAUACCUGUCCGGCGAUCCUGCCGCCAUUCAGGAAUUCCUUGACAAGUUUGACGUCUUUUUGAUUGACUGCGAUGGCGUUCUCUGGUCUGGUGACCACCUGUUCGAUGGCAUUCGCGAGACUCUCGCCUUCCUGCGCUCCAAAGGCAAGCGAACUGUCUUUGUGACAAACAACUCAACAAAAUCCCGCCCCGACUACCACAAGAAGUUUGCCGCCCUCAACAUCCCCAGCGAGGUCGAGGAUAUCUUCGGCUCCGCCUACUCCUCCGCCGUCUACAUCUCCCGUAUUCUUGAGCUGCCCGCCGACAAGCGCAAAGUCUUCGUUAUCGGCGAGGCCGGCAUCGAGGCCGAGCUUCGCGCCGAGGGCGUCGACUUCAUCGGCGGCACCGACCCGGCCCUUCGCCGCGACAUCACGCAAGAAGACUUUGCAAAGAUCGCCGACGGUUCCAUGUUGGACCCUGAAGUCGGCGUCGUGCUUGCCGGCUUGGAUUUCCACAUCAACUACCUGAAGCUGUCGUUGGGCUACCAGUACCUCCGCCGCGGAGCCGUAUUCCUGGCAACCAACACUGACAGCACGCUGCCCAUGUCGCAUACCUUCUUCCCCGGCGCCGGCUCAAUUUCGAUCCCUCUCAUCAACAUGUCGCAGCAGCAGCCAAUCGCGCUGGGUAAGCCGUCGCAGGCGAUGAUGGAUGCCGUCGAGGGCAAGUUCCAACUGAACCGCGAGCGGACGUGCAUGAUUGGCGACCGUCUCGACACCGACAUCAAGUUCGGUAGAGAGGGUAAGCUGGGCGGUACGUUGGCCGUGCUGACUGGCGUGCAUAAGAAGGAGGACUGGGAGAAGGAGGGCGCUGCCGCUGUGCCGGCCUACUACGUCGACAGCCUUGCCAGCUUGAACCUCGAUGCAUGA